GAAAAAUCAACUUCCGUUAGUAGGCGCUGUUAGAUUUAUAUCCGGUCCAAAAAAAAAAGAAAAUAGAGAAUGGCGGAUAGUGAUGAGGAGUAUGAAAGACGAAAGGUACGGGAUAAAUUCCGCAGAGAGAGAAAUGACUAUGAACACAGACGAGAUGAGAGACGCAGAGACUGGGAAAAUGAACGAAGUACAGAUCGGUAUGAAAGUCGCAGCUGGCGAGGUGGCCGGGACACAAGUGCUGGCCGUAGAGAUCUGUAUGGGAGAGACUAUGACCGGACCCGCAGAGAGCGCUAUGGUAGUCCACCUAGAAGGGAGUUUAGCCCACCACAUAAACGCAUUAGGAGAGAAUGGGAUGAUAUGCCCCACGAGAUGCCCCACUAUGGGGGAGGGGGAAUGAUGCACGGGCGUGGCCACCCCCCAAACUGGGGACCCGGACCAAACAUGGGCCCACCACAGGAGGGAUUUGGAGUUCCGGGACAAACCAUGCCUGACCCAGACUAUCCAACUCAGCCCCCUAUGAUGUCCUUCAAGAUGUUCCUCAGUCAGCAAGAUGAUACUAUCAGUGAUCAGGAUGCUGUAAAAAAGUAUAAUGAGUACAAGGAGGAAUUUCGCAUCAAGCAAAUCAAUGAGUUCUUUCUGCAACACAAGGAAGAGGAAUGGUUCAAAUCCAAGUACCACCCUGAAGAAUGUGAGAAGAGGCAGGAUGAAGUGAAGCAUGCUCUGAAGCGACGCUGUGACGUCUUCUUUGAGCUCAUGAAGAAAGGAUACAUGGACAAUGUGACAUGUGAUACAGAACAACAUGAGGGCAUUGUUAAGCUGCUUGAUGCAGCUGUCAUCUUAAUGGAGGGCGGAGCGGAGGAUGACCUCAAGGUUCUGGAAGAGCCGGACUAUGACAUGGACAGCUCACGAUCACGCAACAACUCGGAGACUGUGGAGAAAAUGAGUCCAGAGAAGAAAAAAGACAAAGAUGAGAAGACAGAUGAAGGUGAUAAGGAGAAGCCCCUGGAGAUAACAAUCAGUGAGGAACAGAAGGAGCUCGCCAAGAAAGCCCAGGAGUUCUCCAAAAAACAACAGGAGAUACAGAAUGGAGACUCAGAGGAGGAAGGAGAGGAUGAGGAAAAGAAGCCUCGCAAGAAGAAGCGACACCGUGACAAGCAAGAGUACAACUACGAGAGCGGCUCCGAGUCCGAGAGUAGCUCCGGAUCUAGCUCUGACAGUGAGCCAGAACCUGCCCCACCUGGUAUGGAAAAUGAGGCAGGUGCUAUUGAUGAUGACGAAGAUGAUGAGAAACCAAAGAAAAAAGCUGAGAAAAAGGCUGACGAUGCAGAGAAAGAUAAGGACACCAAAGAGGAUGGGGAGGACGAUGGGUCACAGAGUGGGAAAUCCCGGGACGGCAAGGAAGAAAAGGAGUUGAAGAGACGGCUUCUCCAUCGGACCUCCUCUAUCUUCCUCCGUAAUCUGGCACCAUCCAUCACCAAACAGGAGGUCGAAGCUGUGUGUAAGCGCUACCCAGGAUUCAUCAGGGUCGCCCUACAGGAUCCUCAACCAGAGCGCAGGUUUCUCCGCAGGGGCUGGGUCACCUUUGACAAAAGUGUCAACAUCAAGGAGAUCUGCUGGAACCUCAAUAAUAUUAGAUUGCGUGACUGUGACCUGGGAGCCACCCUGAACCGAGAGUUAAAGCAGCGUGUAAGACCAGUCAACGGUAUCACUGCUCACCAAAAGGCUGUAAAACAGGACAUCAAACUGGCUGCCAAGAUUAUACAGAACUUUGACGACAAGUGGAAGAUCUGGGAUGAUCCAAAUUCCGAGAAAAAGGAUGAGGAAAAAGAGUUUACAAUGACGGUAAAGAAUCCAGUACUGAAGAACAUUACCGACUACCUUGUCGAUGAGGGCAGCUUUGAGGAGGAGGAGCUACUGGGUUUGGAGGAAGGUGAGGAAGGGGAGGAGGCAGCAGAGCCGGAGAUACAGAUAGAAAGGGAUGAAACACUACUCAAGGUGUUGGACACAAUGAUACUGUACCUGCGAAUCGUCCAUUCUAUCGACUACUACAGUGCCAACGAGUAUCCCAAUGAGGAUGAGAUGCCUCACAGAUGUGGCAUCAUGCACUGUAGGGGGGCAAACGCCACCCCCAAAACUACCAAGAAAGACCUGGACGAUUGGUUGAAGACGUUCGAGGGUAAGAUCAAGCCGUUUGUGGAGCUUCAGGACAAACUGGAUGAGGAGAAGGCCAAGAAGAUGGGCAAGAAGGACCAUGAUGCAGAGGUGGAGAAGUUUGUGACUGCUAACACCCAAGAGCUGGCCAAGGAUAAGUGGCUGUGUCCAAUAUCCAACAAGAAGUUCAAGGGCCCUGAAUUUGUACGCAAACACAUCUUCAACAAACAUGCUGAGAAAAUAGAGGAGGUGAAACAAGAGGUAUCUUUCUUCAACAACUACUUAGUGGAUCCAAAGAGACCGUUUUUACCAGAACACCCUGGCAACAAAACCUCUGGACCCCCAACCCCCCAGGCCCAGCAGUUCCCCAACCCUGGGGCAGGGUAUGGGGGCCCGCCACAGGGAAUGAUGGGAUACAACGCCCACAGGGGCGGUGGACCAGGCAUGAUGAGAGGUGGAUAUGGAGGUAGGAGGAAAGAGAGCAAUCCAUAUUACCACCAAAAUAUGGGUCCAUAUGGGGUUCGACCAGAUCGGCGCGAUAAUUAUGGCGGCCGAGAGCGUGAAGAGAGGCGCCCAUCCUCCUAUAGCAGACCCUACAGGCACCGUGGAAAUAACCGGGGAGGAGACCCCAGGAGGAUUAUAGAGUACCGUGACCUAGAUGCCCCCGAGGACAAUGAUCUUCUUUCAUAGACACAUGGGCAUUCUCAUACUAGCUAGUGGGUGCAGUGUACCAAUUCCUAGUCAGGGAUAACUGACAGCAGUCACAGUACCUCACUGACUUUGGAAAUGAAAAUCACUUCUGAUGUUCUAGUUCCAUUAUUUCAGAACAAUCAUGGUAACGAAAUUCUGUGAAUGAGAUGCACAAUUUUAUAUGUUAAUACUGAACAAAUACGAAAGAAAGUUACUGGUACUUAUAUAUGAAAAUAUUUAUGAAAUAAUUGAAAGGAUAUUGGGUGUGAUAGUGAUGACCCAGUGCUCGUUUCUGGUAUGAAGACAGAUGCAUGCAUGUGGGAUGUUUGGUAAUUUCAUGCAAAUGAACAGGAUUUUUGUUUUAUUUAUGAUUUUAACAGGAGAAAAUGUCCAUAUGUGUUCAUAUCAUCAGCUCCAUCUUGUACAUUUUGUAAAAUAAAUUUUUAAUUUGA